UGCUGUUUCCUCACCUUUUCACCACCUCUGUGUUACAAGGGGUGGAGGAAUGUGAAUAGGAGGAGUUGCAAUGGAGUUAAGUUCCCUGUAGUUGCUCAGUUUGUUCUCAGAGCAGGUCGGAGUCCGGGGAGGAAGAAGGAAUUUCGGUGAUCAUGUGGGUACCAUCGCUCAUAGUGCUUUGGGCAGUGGCCUUUGUCUGUAGUGCUGGUGAUACCUGUCCAGAUGUAAAGGUCAUAGGAGUUGGAGACUCAGAUAAACUGACCAUUCUCAGAGGAUGUCCUGGUCUUCCUGGAUCUCCCGGCCAAAAAGGAGAAGCUGGAGCCGCAGGUGUGAAAGGAGAAAGGGGAAGUCAGGGGACUGUGGGAAAAUCCGGACCUCCAGGUGGAAAAGGGGAUAAUGGCUCUAGAGGAGAUAAAGGAGAAAAAGGAGACAAAGGGGACCCCGGAGUACCUACUUCUUUGUAUGAUGCAAAAAACUGCAAGGAACUCCUGCAGCAGGGUGAAAUUCUAAGUGAUUGGCACACCAUAAACCCAGAUGGCCAGAAGACCAUGAAAGUGUUGUGUGAUAUGCACACUGAUGGAGGAGGCUGGACUGUUUUCCAGAGACGUUAUGAUGGGUCUGUUGAUUUUUUCCGUGAUUGGAAUUCCUACAAGAAAGGUUUCGGGAGUCGCCUGACUGAGUUCUGGCUGGGCAAUGACAAUAUUCAUAUGUUGACGUCAUCAGGCACCUGGGAAUUGCGUAUUGAUCUACUUGCCUUUGACAACACAAAGCAUUUUGCCAAGUAUGCGUCCUUCAAAAUUCUGGGAGAGGCUGAGAGGUAUAAAUUGUUACUUGGAGCUUUCACUGAGGGCAAUGCAGGUGACUCCAUGAGUGGUCAUGAAAACAUGCCGUUCUCCACAAAGGACAACGACGUUAGUGGAUCAUGUCCCAUCCAGUUUAAAGGAGGAUGGUGGUACGCUAACUGCCACCAUGCAAACCUCAAUGGGCUUUACCUGCUAGGACCUCAUGAAUCCUUCGCUGACGGUAUCAACUGGUAUGCUGGAAAAGGCCACAAUUAUUCUUAUAAGAUAUCUGAAAUGAAGAUUAGACCAAUCUAAUGACACAUAGGGGUCUAUGUAUAA